CAAAGUCAACUUACUUUCAUUAUAGAGUUCCUGUCUGUCUGGUCCUGUAACAUUUUAUCUGAAGAUGCAAGAAUUUCUACUCGGCUUGCUUUCCUUCCUGUGUACUCUCAAAUGUUUAACAAGCGUAGACUGGGAUGUAGUUCUUCAACCCGAGGUCCGAGGCUCUAUGGGUCAAAAUGUGAUUCUCCCAUGUGUCUUCAAACACCCACAACAAAAUACUUACGCCAGCAAGAUCACUGUUAAGUGGAUACAGAAACAUGUUGCAAAGCCUAUAUUUCACUGCAGUCUGCUCAACCAGACAGAUAGGCAGGAUCUUACCUGCUCCGAUCCAAGAUCACCGAAGCGAUUUUGGCUCCACGGGAACCCCAGAAGAGGAGACCUUUCAUUGGGUAUUAAUGACUCAGUGUUUACUGAUAUCAGUCGGUAUAUCUGCAGGGUGGAAUUGGACUAUGAAAGUUACCAGAGCAGGACCAGCACACUGCUUAAUAUCACAGCUCCAGCAGAGAUCCUCAAUCUAACUCUGGACUCACAGGCUCAAGUUCAGGUUGGGAUGCUGAAAUGCAUUGCCCGAGGGAAUCCAAUACCAUCAGUGAAAUGGAUGUCUUUAUCUAAAUCGCAGGAAAAUGUUCCAAUAUCCAAAACUGAGAAUAGAGACUACACAGUCAUCAGCUCAAUCCCAUUCUCUGGGCAGGAUGUGUUCACCUGCCAGGCUGUUAACUCACUUGGCCAGGCUGAGAGAACAUUUCCAACGAAGCCUCUAAAUGAUUCUGGUCUUCUGGUGUGGAUUAGUGCUCUGGGAUGUUUGCUGUUUCUUGGGAUGCUUGUUAUUGUUGGUGUUGUGGUAAAAAAGGCAAGAGAUGCCCAGAGUCAACUUACUUUGCAGAUGGGGAAAAUCUAUGUGGAUCAGCCUAAUGACACUGUAAUCUAUGCCAAUGUCAGCUAUGGUGCAAGACAUUUAGCACUAGAAACACCGGUCAGAGGUGAGUUAGAGCUUGUGUCAUAUAAUCGCAGUAUUUUGGAAUGGCCAAUUUGUUAUAACCUUUUGCAUGUGUAUAUUUUUACAGGUUUGAAUGACCCAGUUUAUGGUCGCAGUAAGGAGUCGACCUACAUCGAAAGGAUAUGAAUUGAUGUUGAAAGACGUGGUAUCUUUAACUAACAUCAUUCUCUCUCUAUAAAUUACUAAUACAAUCUGCCUUACUUAUAACUGAUAAUAAUGUCUACAUAGAUUCAUUAGCCUACAUGUUAUAGUGUAAAUUGAGUUUCCGUCUUUAACAGCUCAUUUGCUUAUGGCAGAACUUGUUCAUCCACUUACAAUGCCUUUAAAAAUCUUAAAAGAUGCUUAACGGCCAUAAAAUUGACUGGACACAACGUUUCUUAAUGAAUUAUUUUCAAGUUUUUACAAUUCACUUUAUUUUCAACUAACUAUGCGCCUGCAUGUGCACAUUUUCACGUGAUCUCUGUUAUUUUUCUCAUCAUUGGUCAGAAUAGACCAAUCACAGUCGUUUAUUAUUGUACGCAAGAUGUUUUAAUUAAAAUGAUUGAGUAAAGUUUU